AAAUAUCAAUAAGUAGUUGAGCACAUUGAUUGAAUAGGUAGUUGAAAGUUACCAGUGGAAAUAUUAAAAGGCAUUUAUUAAUUUAUUAUUAUAUUUAAAGAAGAAAUCUAUUGAACAUACAAUAUAAUUCUAAGAAAUUAAAAAAUGGAUUCAUAUAAUAUUCAGAAUGUUGUAUACAUGGGUACGCUGGAAAGUGAAGCUUCCCAAAAUCAAAAUAAUGUAGGAGUUCAUAAUCUAUUAUUGCAAUCACCGCAGAGUAAAUAUUAUGAUGAAUCUCGGUAUAUGCAGCGGAGAAGGAAAGAGGAAUUAUUGCAUGAAGAUUGGAUAAAACAACGGCACGACUUGGAAAAGAAAUUUCAAGCGAAAAUGGAGGAAGGCAUGACAGUGCAAUCGGGCGAUAAUCGCGUUAAGUUUGUGUACCAAUGUAAAGGGCACAGAGCACUCGGUUUGUCGGUUUUCCGAUUCAAAAUAAUACUCACAUAUCGUAGUUUGCUACGUAGAUGGUACAUCAGUCCAGGUUAUUCUUUCGUGCCGAAAGCGAUUGACCUCAGAGGCAAACUCAAAUCCGGCACCUAUCAUCCAUUUUCUAAGAAAGUACUCGACGUAAUUCGCAAUGUGAGACGCUCGAUAGACGUUUUUAUGACACGUCUUUCUACCGUGUAUCAGUUCAUAUAUAAUGCGCAAGAGAGAUAUAAGGAUGUGCAGUUUGCUAUGAAUGCGAUUAUUACAAGGAUGAAACUAACAUUUACGGAAAAUGCGUUGCCAAGCGAUAUGCAAAGAUGCAUUAAAGAUAUGAUCAUCGUAAAGUUAAAGUUAAAUAAAGAUAUCCAAGUUUCCGAGAUUACUUACGAAUACUUGUAUCAAAAGACUGUAGCACGAAAAGAUGUAAAAGAAAAUCUAAAUAAGUUACGUUCAAAAUUGCAGGUCUUUUUUUCUUUUUCUUUGGAAGAGGCACUUGAAAGAUUUAUUGAAGAAGAAGAAAGAAAUAUCAAUUCAGAAGAACAAGAAAGCUCAGAAUAGAAUUAUUUAAUUAUAUUUUUGUUUCUAAGAUUUUUUUAUUUUU